CUUCCCAGUUUGAUUCUUCGUGGUAACGCUGCCAGUUGUUAUGCUGUACGUGGUGCCAGUACAGUAACAUACGUUGACGAUUAUUAUUUCUUCGGUUGUGAAACAACUUUGUAGGAGUUGCUUCAAGUCGUCAAAUCAGUCACAGGUUGCACUGUUAGCAGUGUAUCAGGCAUGGGUUUUUGUUGAUAGAGCGCUCACUGUCGCUGCAGGACAACGCUUUUUCUCGUACGUUGGCUAGUGUCGUUAGACUCAUAGGCUAGACAUAAUAGAACUAAAGUGCCUACAUUUAAAUUGCUGUUGUCCGACGUUACAUGCAGAUCGCGUUUAGUUUUGCAUGGUCAGUAAAGCGUGAUGAAGGUUGCGGAAACCAUGGGAGCACCGAAGUCCGCGGAAAAAAUGGAGACAGAAGCAUCAUCUUUAAAGCGACAAUAUCGCUGCACAACUGUCAUGAACGUUAUUUGGAAUUUCUUCUCCGUGGCGUCUCUUGCCUUUUGCAUUUUAUUAAGUGUGCAAACAUCCGAGAUCAAGGACAGAGUUCUGGAUUUGGAAACUGGUCAAAGCGAGCACGUAUUUCACAGGGUUCCCGGCUUUUCCGUUGAUCAGUUUAAUUCAUUGAUUCAAGAUAGAGUGGAAGAGCUCCUUUCACAGCGCUCCUAUGAACAUUUCGCAAAGAUAAGGAUUGCCCGACAAGUUAGCCCUACUCCUAACUGCAAUUGCCCCCCAGGCCCGCCAGGAAAGCGGGGAAGAAGAGGUCAGAAUGGCGAACCUGGACCUCCUGGUCCUCCUGGUCCACAGGGUGAAAAGGGGGAUCAAGGUGACCAAGGACCGCGGAUGGUCUUCCCUAAGAUCAAUCAUGGCUUUCUUUCUGCUGACCAGCAGCUCAUAAAGCGGAGGCUUAUUAAGGGUGAUCAGGGUUCAGCAGGUCCACCAGGGCCUCCGGGGCCCCCAGGUCCCCCCGGGCCCAGAGGGCCACCAGGUGACACAGGCAAGGAUGGACCCCGGGGAGUGCCAGGGCUGCCGGGAGAUCCUGGGACUCCAGGGGAGCAUGGGCAAAUGGGACCUGAGGGGCCACCAGGACAAAAGGGUUCUCUUGGGCCUCCUGGCGUUCCAGGUGUUGACGGACUGAAAGGGGAUGUUGGCACGUCAGGAUUAGAUGGAAUCCCUGGUGCCAAGGGUGAAACGGGAGAGCAAGGUGAAAAGGGUGACAUGGGUGAAGAUGGGCAAAAAGGUGAAGUUGGGGAAAAGGGUGAUGCAGGGUCCACUGCUGCAGGCAUUAAGGGUGAACCCGGAGAGCCAGGACGUGGAGGAACAAAGGGAGAGCCAGGACUUCCAGGGCUACCUGGACUUCCAGGGGUUAAGGGUGAGCCUGGAUUCCUAGGACCUCAGGGAGAACCAGGGCUCCCAGGAUUACCAGGAACCAAGGGAGAGAGAGGGGAGUUGGGCCUACCAGGCAAGGGGGAGCGGGGCGAGAUUGGACCAGCAGGUCAAAAGGGAGGACCAGGAGAGGCAGGAACGCCAGGCCCUAAAGGUUCCAAGGGAGCGACAGGAGACAAAGGAGACGUGGGCUUCAUGGGACCAAGGGGGCCCCCAGGACAGAAAGGUGACCAAGGAGCCACAGAAAUCAUUGAUUACAAUGGAAACAUCCAAGAGGCUUUGCAGAAGAUUACUACUCUUACAGUGACGGGUCCCCCUGGGCCACCUGGACCAACUGGACCAGCAGGAAUCAAGGGAGAUCAAGGCAUGCCUGGCCUCCCUGGACUGGAUGGUGAAAGGGGUUUCAAAGGUUCCAAAGGAGACAUGGGAAUUCCUGGUGCUUCUGGAGAUAAAGGAUCUGUUGGUUUACCCGGAGUACCAGGCAUCAACGGCUUGAAAGGAGAUAAGGGUGUUGCUGGUCCCCUUGGUCCUCAAGGGCCCUCUUUAAUUGGCCAUCCUGGAGCACCCGGGCCCGAUGGCCCCCCAGGCCCCAUGGGACCCCAUGGCUUCCCUGGACCAAAGGGGGAGGCUGGGAAUCAUGGCCUGAAGGGAGUUCGUGGUGAGCCAGGGAAUAAGGGAGAGAGAGGACCACUUGGCCUUCCGGGUAUGGAUGGCCCUAUGGGUCCCUCCGGUCCAGCCGGGUUAAAUGGGGAAAGAGGGGAAAGAGGAGCUGCAGGUGAACCUGGACCAAGGGGACCCUAUGGACUUCCGGGAGCAGCUGGAACACCUGGCCUUGAUGGGUUGCCAGGCUUAAGGGGAGAGAAGGGCGACCUGGGGGAAAGAGGAGAAAAGGGGUUCCGGGGCUUUAAGGGUGAUAAGGGAGAGCCAGGGCAGCCUGGUCUGGAUGGGCUGGAUGCCCCAUGCCAAUUGGGCCCAGAUGGACUACCAAUGCCUGGUUGUUGGCAAAAGUGAUUUAUUCUAACCCAAAAAAGCAUUGAGUUUGUAAAUAAUGCUUUUUUUGGUAUUUAUACAUAUUAUUUUUUAUUUUUUAUUGGAAUUAUAAAAUAAAGAAAUCUACUGUAUGCAUACAAUGGAAAAAAGAGCAAAUGUCUAUCACUCCUAGCUUCUACUCACCUUGCUGUGUGGAACGCUUGUAACUCAUUGUGGAGUCCAGAUACUUAGCAAGCAGCAGAACUUUCAUACAAACAGUGCAUGACUAGUGUGUUUUGGCAAAGAUUGGUAUAUCAUUCCUUAAUCAGAUUCAAAGAGAGUAAGGGGGCUGGAAAAACUUAUUUUUAAAUCAGAACAUAAGAAGGCAUUGGUGGGAUCUGGACUGGCAUUUAUAUGCUCUAGCUCUCGAGCUCACAAUCCAUUCAUGCCACCCUACUAUCUUAAAGACUGCAUCCAAACACCCAUCCCAACUCCCCAAAAGCAUAAGGACUGUUCCAAACGCUAUUUAUACUUUGUGAAUAAUAUAAAUAUUUGAUUGUUGUGUGGUCGAAUUUUAUGGCUUCAGCUGAAUACUAACUGGUGGUCAAUGUUAUCUAAUUAAAAAAGGAAUCUUAGAGCUCUAAAUUUCUGGUUUUAUUUGUUCCUUUUUCUUUCAAUGGUCCAAAGGGAAUCACACCUUGGCUGGUGGCUUGAAAAAGUUCUUGCCUUGGAAGUGAAGUAAUGUUUUUUCUUUAAUUCGGGUGAGAUCUGAAAUGGUCUGUAGCAAGGGACCACUCUCUGCUGGAGCUCAUUACAGCGUGUAGAGCCAAACAUAAGUUUGGUGUUCUGACAAGGACUUUGGAUUGAACAAGCAUGUUUGGGAUCCUUUUCAAGAAGAGAAGACAGUGGACUUUGGCAAACUCAAAUCAUCUCUCCUGCUUAUUACUUAUUUCCAUUGAGAGCAAGGCAAGAGUCAGCCUGCAACAGUGUUACAGUAACAAGGUUAAGAGGGUCAAUGGAAUUCUUUCUUUUUCUUUAAAGCUGUACUUUACUUGCUGUUUUUUCUUUGUAUAAUAGCCUUUGGUGCCUCAAGCUUUUGUUAUUCAUUCCUUUAUCAGAAAUGUAAGGUGUUAAUUGUGGAAUGGAAAUCUUUAGAAAAUUAUUAUAAGUAUAAUGCACACCUAUGCACACUUUUUAAUUAAUUGAAUGUUAAUAUGUAUGGGUGUUAAAAUAGCAUGUACAUACAUUAUAGCUUCAAAUGAAUAUGAGAUGCUGUGUAAUACUCUGUAUAUGAGUUGGUUGUAAAGAUUCACAAUUUUUUCUUUAUAAAACAGCAUCAGAUUUUACAAUGAUUCAAAGAAGCAUGCAGUAUAUGCAAACACUGAUCCAUCUAUUAUUAUAAUGCAGACUAUUAAGUGAAAAAUGUGUUACAAUGUGCUUCAAGUUUCUUGUACACUGUAAACCCUAAUGUAUUUCUUACAAAAAUGUAUUUUCUACAAGUGUAACUAAAAGUUUAAGAAAUGUUCCUAAUGACUUCAAACGUUGAUGUUUUACUGACUUUUACAAAAGUUCCCAGCAUGCUCUGCUUCAGGUUGAAAUUUUGGAAUUGUUUUAUCCUAUUUUUGCUGAAUAAUAGAUUUUAGCUACACAAUCAUGAAACACAUAUUUUUUCUAAAGUGAUCCAAUCAUGUAGUAAUCAAAUAUUUUGGCUCCCACUACUGAAAUGAUUGUAGCAAUUACAACAAGAAAUUAUUCCUGUCAAAACAUCAGCUGAAUUCCAAUGGGAUUUAUGUGUUUUUUUUAGGAAGCCUAUAAUGUCUGGGUAGUUUUGCAAGAUUCUGGCAAAGAAUUCAGAUUUAAUUUUGGAAAUCUUGGAAUUUCUUGAAAGUUUUUUUUUUUUUUUUUACCAUGGCACACUGAAUCUGAGAACAUCUGCAAUUAAUAAUCAAUGAGCGAGGUGGGUUGCAAGCCUUACAGAUUUUUGGGAUAUGUAUGACUAUUCUAUAACAGUUAAGGAAGUGAAAUUAUACAAAGAAAAUGUUCAAUAACCAUGUCUCGGUCAUUAACAAAUAUAGUCAUGGGUAGCUCUAGAGUUCACUUGAAAAGGCAAUGCAUAUUGGGAAAUUAUAUUGUAGGUGUGGCUUAGUAUAUUACUCAAUUCCUUUAAGCAAAUACAACUCAAAUUUGGAACUCUCUAUAAGUUUCAUAAAAAUUAAAAAUAAAUUCUGGGAACCUAUUGAGGUUUACAGUUUGUGUAGUACAAAAUUAUUUUGAGGCAAUCAGUUGUUACAAAACUUUUAAGAUUAGAACCAAAAUGUUUUGAGUUAUUUAAAUCAUAACCUUUUGGUUUUAUAUUAGUUGUCUUUAUUUUAAUUAUUUAAUUUCCUCAAGUUUCAGUAUAUGUAUGAUGGACACAUACACAUUGAGUUUUUCCAUAAUUAAAUACUCAGUUACUGUACUUAAAAUUUUAUUUAUAUUGACUUAAUUUUAUCAAGUUAGAAGAAUUAGCAUUUUAAGUUUCAGUAACUGAAAACAUUUCAGUUUACUUUUUAGCCAUUCAAUUGACUUCUAAUCAAAAAGUACAUGGAGGAGUUACUGCAAAUAUUUAAGUUUCACAGACAAAUGGCUUUUGAGUAAAUAUACUUAAAUAUUUAAAGGCAAUAAGUUUUGUUCUGCUAACUUAUUCAGGUUUACAGUGUAUAUUUACAUGCAGUCUUUAUUUGGAUUAGUAGGUCUUCAACAACAAGCUCUUUAUUUGGAGCUUGUAAUUCAGAAUGUUGUAUUUGCAGAAAAAAAAUGCCUUUCAAUAAAAGCCAUGUUUUUUGCUAGAUUAUAUAUUUUUUUCCUUUUAAAUGUUGAAUGGAAAUGUGCAUUGCAUGGAAAGGCUCAAUAAGUACAGUAAUAAUGUUGAUUUCAGCUGAAUGGCCCCUUCCGUUCGUAACUCAAAAUCAGAUUAAUUGGUCAUUUAAAUCACAUUCCAUUACAAUCUUUAUUUCUUAAUGUUAAGGAUGUCUUAAUCCUAACAAUUCUCAGUGAUAUUUGAUGCAUCAUUUUAUCUUGAAUAUUUUUUGUAAGAUUAAUCAUUACAAUCUGGUCUGCUUUCUCAACACAGCUUUAAGCCUAUUUCUGGACAAAAAAUCACUUUUAAAAGACAAUCUAUAUUGAGCAUAGAUUUUGGUAUAGGACUAGGCUUAAUCUGUGUCUGAGAAACUAGCUAUGUAUGUAAUAAAGGUAUAUGUUCAUACAUUUUUUCUUUUUUGUUUUUGUGACAAGUCUGACCACUUCACAUCUCAGGGUUAUCAGCUUUGUCACAAUGUAAACAGUAUGCAUGUGAAUAAAAGGUAAUCUCUUACAAUAUGGUGUCAUUAUAGUGAUAUCAACUAGAUGUUUGAAAUAGCGCUACUUGGUAUUACCUGUCUAUGGCAACCAUAAUAAAACAGCUUUCUUUAGAUCUUUUCAUGAAACAGCUCAAAUUAUUUUAAUCAUUGGCAUUUACUUUUUUCUAUAUUUGUAUUUCUAUUUUAAGUGGUACAUAAUUUAUUUUUGUAUUUUUCUUUAAAAAGGCAGUUUUGGUUUUUGACUGGCAUUCCUUAUAUAAAAUUAGGAAGCUUUUGAUGGUCCAAAAGUUUAUUUAGCUUUUGUGUAUAUGACAGUGGAACGUGUUUUUAAGAUGUCCCAUAUGAUGUGAAGGAAGUUUUUUGUUAUUAAACUAUACAUAUUACAUUAUUUAAUAUUAUACAAAUAAACGUAUAGGUCAUCUUAAAAAAAAAAAAUCACUCCAAAUGAAGUACCAGCCUUCUGUUGGUAUACAACUUAUUUUAUUUGAAAGUAUGUAUGUUAUUUAAGCAAUGUAUUCAUAAGACCAGAAAGUGUUGAUGUGCUUGGCUAAAAUGUUGUUUGUCAUUGACAUGCAAAAUAUAAGAUUAUAAUUUUCUCUAAUUCUGUAUUUGAGUUGAAUGUAGUUGUUAUAUGUAUAGUGGAUUAUAAAUUUGCAGUUAAUUGUGUUCAUUUGAAAAAAGUAAAAAAAUGUAUUUGCUUGAUGUAACAUCAGAAUGCAGGAUAAUAACCGCUACUAACAUUUACUAUUAGAACUGUAUAUAUAUGUACUUUCAUUAUAUGUACAAGCAUGAUUUAGAGGGAUUUAUUUUGUUUCAAUUGAUGUUCACAAAUAUUGCUUGUUAGCACUGUGAUAGAAAACAUUAUUUUAUGGUUUUGUCUUUGUCUUUGUAAACCAUUUUAAAAAUUUCUUACUUCAUUUAAUGUGCAGCUGAUCCUUCACUUUUUACAUUUAUUUAAUGUAAUUUGGCAGUAAUGUAUUUGGAUAUUACACUGUGAUAUGUUCAAGUAUAGACAUAAAGGCUGUUACAGGUUGAUACACACAGAGGGUAGGUAAUAAUGAAGACACUCCUUCUGUACUAACAUUUACAAUAAGAUUAUCUUUCCACUAGUCUAGUGCAACAAUGCAUCCUAGAAGAAGCAAGAUAAGUAACAGUAUUGGAUCCAAGUAAAUGCUUAAAAUAAAGGCUUCAUUGUUUGGUUGA